AAGACAUUCAUCUGCCAGGACUGCGCUAAGGUUUUCUGUCAAGGUGACUACCUGAAAUCUCACUGCUGGUUACACACAGAUAAAGUCAGAUAUGUGUGUGAUGUAUGCAAGAAGAGCUUCACCAAAUCGUACAAUCUGAAGGUCCACCAUAAGAUUCACUCAGGUGAGAAGCCUUUCCAGUGUCCAAAGUGUGGCAAGUGUUUCUUGCAGAACAUUCAGCUGAACAUCCACCAGACCACACAUGAGGAGUGUGCACGUGGCUGGUUGGUUCUGGAAAGGCAAGCCUAUGACCCAACCCGAAAGGGUCCACAAGUGUGA